GACCGUUUCUUGACAGUUCACUCGGAUUCUGCCAACUGACAUUAACCCUAAAAUUCCCAACAAGUCAGCUCAGUUCCCAAACAAGCGUCAAAAGCUCCAAAAAGACCCUACAAACCAGCCAAAACAAACCAACCUCUUAAACUCAUGCCAAGGAACAAACGACCCCUCACAGCCCCUCCCCCUCCCAGACCUCUCGUCCAAACACAACCCCCACCCCUCAGACCCGUCAAAGCGCAAACAACCUCAAGACAAGACACCCUCGACGCAAGACACCACCCUCACACCAGUUUCAGCCCCCACCAAACCACGCGACCCUUCACCAACAACAACGACCUCGGCACAGCACGCCACAGCACCAGCGUGUCUCAACGCAGCACACCAACCCCACCAUUGUAGGUACAGUACAACAGCCGCCUACAAGCGACGCCAAGCGACGCCACGCCACACGACCCCGUCCAAGCUCACGGCAUGAAGACGACGAAGCGCCUGGCAUAGCA